CUGGAUAAAACCAUAUAUAAGAUUGGGCCGCCCGAAACAUCGACACAUUUUUCUUCCUGUGAUUAAAACCGUUUACUUCUUCUCACUCCCAAUUGCACUUACAAGAUGAAGUUCGGUGAAACGCUCAAGAGUAGUCUCAUCCAGGACUACAACUUCUAUUACAUCAACUAUGAAGACUUGAAGUACGCUAUUAAAAAGGGCUUGGCCACUAACCAGGAUAGAUGGUCCAACACGCUCGAGGAGGAAUUCCUCACAACUCUCGAAAACGAGUUGGACAAGAUCCACUCGUUCACCAAGUUAAAGCUGACGGAAAUCAACCGCCGCAUUAAGGAUUCGGAGCGCUUGGUUUAUGAGGUUGUGUCUGCGCUCAACACACCGAACCCACCGUUGGAGGAGGAGUUCCAGGACUUGGAAGAAGAGCUCUCAGACAUCAUUGCAGAUGUGCACGACCUCGCCAAAUUCACGCGGUUAAACUACACCGGCUUUCAGAAGAUCAUCAAGAAGCACGACAAGUUGACAGGCUUCCAUCUCAGACCGAUCUUCCAGGUGCGCUUGGAGGCUAAGCCAUUCUUCAAGGAUGACUACGAUCCGCUUGUGGUCAAGAUCUCUAAGCUCUACGACUUGGUGAGAACUCGCGGGAACCCCGUCCAGGGUGACAGUUCCGCCGGUGGUUCCCAGCAGAACUUUGUUAGACAAACCACCAAGUAUUGGGUCCAUCCGGACAACAUUACUGAGUUGAAGCUCAUUGUGUUGAAGCACCUUCCGGUGUUGGUGUUCAAUGCCAACAAGGAGUUCGAAAAGGAGGACUCCGCCAUCACGUCCAUUUACUACGAUAACAAGGCUAUGGAUUUGUACUACGGCCGUUUGCGCAAGGAUGAGGGUGCCGAGGCCAUUAGACUCAGAUGGUACGGGAGUAUGAAGUCCGACACCAUCUUUGUGGAGAGAAAGACGCAUCGUGAGGACUGGACCGGCGAAAAGUCGGUCAAGGCACGUUUCUCCCUCAAAGAGAAAAAGGUCAACGACUUUAUGUCAGGUAAGUUCACCGUACCACAGGCGUUUGAAAAAAUGCGCAAGGAGGGCAAGAAGUCGUCGCAGGAGGUUGCGUCUCUCGAAGCACUCGCGGAAGAGGUGCAAUACCGCGUGUUGAAGGACCGCAUGCGUCCAGUGUGCCGUUCGUUCUACAACCGUACCGCAUUCCAGCUCCCGGGUGACGCGCGUGUGCGUAUCUCGUUGGACACGGAGCUCACGAUGGUGCGUGAGGAUAACUUUGACGGCCAUGACCGCACCAACAGCAACUGGCGCCGCAUGGACAUUGGCGUGGACUAUCCGUUUGACCAGUUACCGCCAAAAGACGUGUGCCGCUUCCCGUAUGCGGUCUUGGAGGUUAAAUUGCAGACGCAAAUGGGCCAGGAGCCACCGCAGUGGGUCCGCGACUUGGUGUCGUCGCACUUGGUGGAGGCUAUCCCAAAGUUCUCUAAGUUCAUCCACGGUUGUGCCACGCUCCUCCCGGACUAUGUUGACUUGAUUCCGUUCUGGUUACCGCAGAUGGACAUCGACAUCCGCAAGCCGAAGGCCAACUUGGAGUAUGGUAUCACGCGCGCCAACAUCAAUAACGCGUCACUGGGCGACGACGACUCGCACGAGGGCGGGUACAUGGACGAGGAAGAGUUAAUGGGGACCAGUAAUAACGCUCCAUUUGCACGUGUCGCCGCCACCGCCACCACACCGCUCCUCCUGGGCACCAACCGUAAUCUGGCAUCCCAGAGUUCUUCAGUAUGGCACCAGUGCAUCGAAUUCAUGCGCGAGACUUUUAUGGGCGACCGUUCUGAAUUCAAUAAGGUGGCGGACGGGACCGUGUUCUCCCAGGAGUUUCAUGCGCCGCCAGGCAAGGAGAUCUGUGUGCCAGUGCGCGUUGAACCAAAGGUGUACUUUGCGACUGAGCGCACAUUCCUCUCGUGGUUGUCCAUCUCGUUGAUCUUGUCGGCGACAUCGCUGACAUUACUCAACUACGGUACCAACUCUGCGUUGACCGCGAGCAUCAUGUUCUACUUGACCACCGUGAUGUGUGUGGUGUACGCGACCGGUGUGUACUUGUUCAGAAUUGUUAAUAUCCGUAAAAAGCGCGCGAUUGACUAUGAAGACAAGUACGGGCCAAAGGCGAUCUGCGGGUUGAUUGCGUUGAGCUGUCUUUUCUCGUUUGCAUUCAAGGCGAUGGAGAAGUAAUAAUGCAGCCAUUUCUACGGGUUUGUUCACUCUAAGCUAAAUGACGAACACUGUAUAUACCUGUGUAGUUUUAAUUGUUUCUUUGAGUGUGCCAGGUAGGCCGAGGAAUCAUAGUUUCUUGGCAUGGUGGAGAUUUAAUCAGUAAAUAAAAACCGGCGAUUCAAAUUAGUGUCCAAUAUUACUGCCUUAAAGGAUGAUGAAGGAUUUACAACUUGGGGAC